UCUCAGUCCUAUCUGAAGAUCGGUCUGAAUGAGCUCUGAGCUCGUUCCGUAGACUGGCUAGGUGCUCAGCAGACCGACACACACACACACACACAUGGUUGAAACUCGCGGACACCACCAUCUUAAGUUUUCAUUAAUUUUCAUCCACCACACUACCAGCGCCAACUAGCGGCUCUUGGUUUCAGUUGUAGGUUAGAAUGUGUUCUCCCUGCACCAAGAAUCCAGUGUUACAUUCAAGCAAUUACAUCGUGUUCUCAGUUUACAAUCGAUGAAGUUACUCCAUCUAGUUGUGCACAGAGAGAUGGAGGUAGAAAAGGUGAUGGUGGUUAUGGAGAUACAAGGCAUCACCGAGUAAUGCUGUGCGUCAGAUGACGGAAACAGCAUGAAGCAAUGCUGGCGAUGGUAAAGACAGGAGAGAGACACUAGCAGUGGUGGAGGCAGUGGAGGCCAGGCAGGGCCUCGCCAUCCUAACAACAGCCUCGUCGUCACUGAUGUUCAUCGAGCCAUCUACGCUGCGCCCUCUGGUUGUGUUCAACGAAUUCUAUGUUUCACCGCGAUCCACGUGGCUGUGUCUUACUGCCCCAAUCAUCAAAGUCUGGUGAACGCCAUCGUGUCUUCUGGAGCAGCAAUAUCCCUAAUGUCAACAUCAUUUAUAUUUUACCUCAAUAAGACGUACAGUUUCAGAGGAGCUACUCUCAUCUUUUCAGGAUUUUGUUUAAACAUGUGUGUUGCUGCAAUGGUAUUCCAACCUGUUGAAUGGCACAUGGGUUCCCCUUACUUCAAUUUUUGGAAAACCAGUGUAAAUGAUCAAGCAAUUUCCUCUGGCAAGACAGGAAAACUGUGUAUUCUCAGGAACAUAUUGAAGGGUGCUGGCAACACACUGCAUCUUAUCACAUCUCCUCAUGCUGUCCUCCUAAGUAUCAUAGUGAGCUUCAAUCUCGGCAUCUUCGUGAAUAUAUGGGAUUUCCUGCCGUUUGUGAUGUGGGAAGAAGGUUACACACACGAUGAAAUGUCACUCUCUCUGUCAGUGGCUGCGGGGUGUAACCUGGGAGGCAGACUGGCCUCCAUACUCCUUGAUUUGUGUAUGAAGGAGAAAUGUGUCGCGAUGUACAUCUCGUCAUCAGUGCUUUCAGUGGGAACUCUUAUUGCGUUUACAAUAAAAGGAAACUUCUUCUGGAAGAUAACAAACUUGGCCGCGUGUAUAUUUGGUUGUGGAAUCUCGUUAUCUUUGAACACGAUGAUCAUCAUUGAAAUAAUGGGCACAGACAUGCUGCUGCCGGUAAUCGGGUUGUGUGGCGUGAUCAGCGCAGUGUGGCACCUUGCUAUUGGCCCUCUCCAAGGUGUGGUUACUGACACGUACGGGAGCUACAAUGCCGGAUUGUUCUUUCUGGCUGGUCUUCAAAUCUUCAGCCUCUUGCUGUGGGUCCUCAUGCCCAUUGCAGAUGCUUACUGCCAAAGGCGUCCCAGUCAUGCUCACCAUUUUUCCCUAAAACAGCUUGACCACCACCAGCAGCAGCAGCAGCAAAACCACUACCACCACCACCACCAACAACAACAACAACAACAACAACAACAACAACAACAACAACAACAACAACAACAACAACGUAGUCAAAUUUUGAGAGAAAAUCUCUCCCUUUUAUAUCGGGCAGAAACACGCCCUGCUGGAUAUGCCUCUGUGGUGCAUUAAAGGCACACACACACACACACACACACACACACACACACACACACACACACACACACACACACACACACACACACACACACACACACACACACACACACACACACACA